CUCGACGGCUGCAUAUGCAGAUCCCUCAAGAUCAUCAUUCUGGAUAGCUUACCUCGGUGCCUCGGCUCACCUAAAGAAUUCACAGUAGCGAUGGUGAGCCGUUGUACGAGCUUCUUCCUGCCCGGCGUCUCAACGGACAUCUCCAAGACCGACAUUCUCUUUGACUGAGUGCUCAGACUAGGAACAUCAUUGGUCGAUAACCCAAACAGGAAAUCCGGAAGCUGCUUUGAUGGUCUCACGUAAACCUGAUCGCGCACUGAUGUUGGAGAUUCGAAGAGCGUGGGAUGUUGGUGGAGGAUGUUCAGCGAAACAGGUUAUAAGACGACAUAAUGAAAGCGAGUAUGUGACACUUAUCGAAUCUGAAUCAUCCAGAACUUUCACCAAACAUCAUUCCGAGAAACAGUAAACACUUCGAAUUUCCAUCAUGAUUACCUCCGGAGAUGAACACAAGACUGCCUGUUCACAAGGCAUGGCUGCCUACGCUGCUCCUUCGCUUUUCCAGCCUCACAAAGCCCGUCAAGCUAUCCGAGACGCCCACGCAAAGAAGAUUCCGCCACUGCUUUGUUACUACGCAGGGUUGAGCUCUAUCCCCAUUACCCGGUACUUGGCCCCAAUGGGCUUCGAUGCCGUAUGGAUUGAUUGGGAGCAUACCCCAUGCAACACGGAAACCAUGACGACGAUGGUUCACGAGGCCUCUUUCAUGAGCCAAGGCCGCACCAUUCCAUUCGUUCGGCUUCCUGGUCACGAUCACGCUGCUAUUGGAUAUGUUCUCGAUGCCGGCGCCAGCAUCGUCAUCCCCCAAGUCGAGACAGUUGAGCAAGCAAAACAUGCUAUCGCCGCAGCCAAGUUCGGCACAGCGCAAAACGGCACACGAUCCCUUCCGCCUUUUCGCCUUGUGCCCGGUCUCACCGACACACCGUACGACCACCGCGACCUCCACAAGUGUCUCAAUGAUCAGGCCGCAAUCAUGGUUCAGAUCGAGUCAGCUCAAGCCGUCCAAAACCUCGAUGAGAUUUUGACGGCGUGCGGUUCAGAUAUCGAUAUUGUCUGGUUUGGCACUCUUGAUGCCCGAGUCAGCAUGAACCUCGAGGCCAAGAUGGGUGGCAUAGGGGCAUCUGAGCCUGAAUGGGUCAAGAUUUCGAAGCUGUUCUUUGAUACUAUUGACAAGCACGAUAAACCAUACGCUGGCUUUGCGUUCGGUGGGCCUCCGUACGGGAGUCCAGAGGUCUUGAAGAAGGCUGCGGAGAGGAUGAGUCUGAUCAUGGUCUCGGCUGACGUGGUUCACUUGGGUGCCAUGGUGCAGGACUUGCGACAGGCGAGGGAACUGAUUGGAAGGACGAGAUAGUUCCAUCUUAUGAAAGAGGCUCGAGCAGGGGUCGCAGAGAGUUGCAGGGUUUGCCGACAUGAGAGGACAUACUUGGAAUGAAGAGAAUCAG